GUCGGAGCCGAAGGGCUGGGAAGGGGGAAAAUGAACAGAAGCACGGUCAAAGCGAAGAGAGAAUGUGGUCGGAGUCGCGAUCACAGUUUGGAGAAAUAAAUCCACGGGGCCGUUUCCACCCAGGGAGAGGAAAACCUGUGGGAAAUGCAGAAUAUGAAAGACCAAUUACUGUAAUUCAGAGGAGACAUGUUUAUGACCGUGGAGGUGGUAGGGGUACCAAUUGCGACUAUAAUUAUUACCAUUCAGAGGAGUACAACCAUUCAGUGGACUACCAAGAUUAUUCUGGUUAUUCUGGUGAGAACCGUGGGUCAACAUAUGGACGACUGAGGGGCCCACCUCCCAAAACUGGAUCAUGGGAUGAUGAAAAUGGCAGAUGGUUCAGGGAAGAGCAUUCAGGAAAUAGACCUUUGGAUUACAGGGAUAACUUCAAAAGGAAUCACUACCAUCUCUCUCAGCACGUGAGAGAUCGUUCUCAUAAACGAGAAAGUCCUUAUUACAGGGUAUGUGUAGCAUCCAGGAAAGAAUCUCCUCAUAGUCGGUCUGGAUCAAGCAUCAGCAGCAGAAGUUACUCCCCAGAGAAAAGUAAAGCACCACCUUCCCAUCAUUCCCAGUACAGCAAAAAUAAGGAAAGAUCUUCUGUUUCCUCCUUGACCCCCUCUAGAGAUGAGUCUCCAUCUAGUUCUACGGUUGCUUCAAAGAGUGCAAGCUUUGAAAAGGCCAGCAAGAGUUCUGACAACCUGAAUAAAGAAAUUGUAAAUGACUGGUCUGAAAAGCAGCAGAUUCCAGAGUUGGAAAUAUCUGAGCAUAGUGAAAGCUUUGAUGGUGUUCAAAUGCAGAAUUCAGAGAAGUUGGAUGGUCUGGAGACGAAUGCUCGGAGCAGCAUUGAUCUUAUUGACCUAACUCAAGCUGACAACCGCACCAGAGCAAUAGCUGAAAAAACCAAGGAGAUUGAAGAGGUGUACAGGCAAGAUUGUGAAACCUUUGGUUUGGUUGUUCAGAUGCUCAUUGACAAAGAUCCAACACUGGAAAAGACUAUGCAGUUUGCAUUGAGGGAGAAUCUACGUGAGAUUGGUGAACGCUGCAUUGAAGAACUGAGAACAUUCAUCACCCACUAUGAUAUUGUUCCUGGAGAGCACACAGACAACCUAUAACUAUUUGCCUGCAUGUUCAAUGCUCAAUUUAACAACUGAAGACAUGUCAGGGUCACGUGAACCUGCUUGCUGUUUUGAUAUAUUAAAAACCUAGAGAAUGUAAGUUAGUUAGCAAUACAAUUUUGAUAUGUUUGCAAAACCAAGACAUUGGGUACGAAAAGUGCAAAGGCAAAAGGGAGAAUCUGUCACCUUUAUGAACAACAAUAUUAACUCAAAAUGUAUAUAACUAGAUAAUUUCUAAAAACGUAUAUUGUGAUUUGUGGCCUGAGGUGACUUUGGGUUUUGUUAUGGUGACAGUCAUGAUACUGUUGGUAGGUUUAACAUAAUAAAUAGAUAAGGAUUCCUGUCCUGAUCAUUACUGUGCCCCUUCCUGAAGUGCAUAUGUGGAGACUGGACUCUUUGAUGCCCUGUGGAUGAUCCAUCAGAAGAUGAUUGGAGAAAAUCUAGGGGUUGGGGAAGUGCAGUGUGAUGAUAUACUAUUGUGUCUUCCUACAGAAUGGUAGAGCAUGGGCUUAUGCUGCAUAUUUUCCAUAUUCUGAAUUCUGUUCGGCUUGAGCAUCAUAGGGAGGGAAGAUAUUUUCGCAGAAGUAAGGAAAAAAUAUCAAUGGUGAGUCAACUUAUGGUUAGUUAUAAAGAAGAUGAGAUCUAAGUGUGUCAAUUGUUACCCUCCCUCAUCUGCCCACAGCUCAAAAUAAAUACAAGGCUUUUGAGUACCCAUAUAAUCAAAUCAAUGAACAGAACUGCUGUCUGACCCUGCACAAGACUCCAUUUCUCUUUCAAGCCAGGAUAUGCAGUUUGCUGCCAGGCAUUUGCCAUUGUUGCCACUGCCAGAAUGUGCACCAUAGGUGAAUUGACACAUGAAUUUUAACAUUUUUUGCUUGACUCUUAUAAUUUGGUCCCCAGUCACACAAUUUAGCAACAGGCAGAAUAUCACUUCAAAUAUUCCUCCCCUCACUGUGAUGAGAAGCUAGUUGCCCCUGUUCCUCUGGCUAGUGGAACUGGUGAAAUGAGGAAUUGUGUGUGAAAUCAUUUACCCCAAACCAUACUUUGUCCUCAAUGGCAUAGACUUUGGAGAAAUGUUAGUAUGUGUGCAAAUGAGGAGUACUCAAAUGGUGGUUGUGUGAGUUUGUUUGCUGCUUAUUUUUGUGUACAACAAUAGGAAUUUGUUUCACUAACAUCUGUUUUACCAUGUGGUUUGGUAAUAUCUGUUGGUUGUUACCCUGGCUCAGAUGUUCACACUCGUCUCUGAGUCGGAAGAUUGUUGGUCAACUCCUCUUUUGGCUGCAAAUACUCCACUCCAAUUUACACUAAAUCCUUGGAAGCACUUUGAGAGGUUUCAACAAAAUGAUAAGGUGUAUCAGAUGCAAAUAUUAAUAUUAUUAUUAAUGGAUCAGAAAGGCAAUCUAUUUUUCAGAAGUUGCGAGUGAUUAUUUAGACCUGUCUAUUUUCCAUAUCAAAGGUAUUGGAAGAUACAACUGCCUGGUAUUAAUGGACCUCAGGCUUUCAACUUUAAUGCACCAUCUGUUCUCAUAUAAUAAUCUCGACUACUUGACUCUACCAGCACCUCUGGAGGCAACAUAUAAGUGUCUCUUUGAGCAAUACCAAAACUUUUUUUAAAUUCCAGUACGACAAAUCUAUCAUUUUGAAUCAUUUAACUGUGGGUAAGCGUUGGGACAAGACAAUACAAACCUUGUUGUAUUGUCCAGUGAUAUUAGAGUUUCGAAUUUGGGUUUUAUUGACAGGGAUAGAUCAAUUUUUUUUAUUUUGAAUAACGGAAUGCAGGAAAGUAACUUAAAUUACCAGCAUCAAUGUUAUAUUGCUGUUCAUCUGCAGCAGCGAACACCAGGUCAUCUCAAGUUGUAGUACUUGGGGCAGCAAAUCCUCGUGGGCUUGUAGUCCCUUCUUUAUCCAUAAUUUGAGCUGCUCGCUCUAAUUUUUAAAGCGAGUAGCUUUACAAUAUAAUACAGAUUAUUUUUGAAAUAUGAAGGUUACAAAGCAGGCCUGAGGUGUGAAUGAGUAUUACACUGCAGAAUUCUAGUAAUGUCCUAAAUGCAAUAGUCCAACCUGUCUAUGAACAUGCUGGAUCUUCUUAGUAUUCAUGUUUAUUGAAUGUGAAGUUUUUUUAAGCCCGGAAUUGAAAGACAACUUUGUUCUUUCAUGUUUCUUAACAUAAUUGAUUGAAUUGUAAUCGGAAAUGAAUUUCUAUAGUUGGGAAAUAUAGCUCCUUAUAGAGGUAGGUCUGCUUCAUCCCUGUUACCCUAUUUGUACUCAAGAUUUUGAAGUUGACCAGACAAAAAAGAAUUGUUGGAUCAAACACAUAAUCUGUAGUUAAUUAAUGAUUAUUUCGUCCUCCUACAGAAGGCAAAAUAACUCAGGGAUCUCUGUGGGCUCAGAAAAAUCUAACCUCUAUAACAAACCAUGUGAACAAAUUAUCCCUUAAUUGUAAGUUUUGGCAGAUUUAAUUAUUAUGCAAAAAUUUUUAAAUUCUAACUAGAAAUGUACCAAAAUAUUUUGGGCGGGAUUUAUGGUCUUGAUCACACAAAUUCUUCCGACGUGUUAUUCCAUUUUGUCCUAACAAGUGAGUGAACUGAGAUCGGUUAGUAUACAAUGAAAUAAGUAUUCAGAAAAAUAUUCUUUAAAAUGUUUAUUUUGAUGUAAAAUGUAUGCACAAUAAAAAGUAAUAGGAAUGCAAUACAAAGAUAAUUCGGAACUAAGAAAAAAGUAUUUUAGAUAUGUGUUUGACAUAUGCCAGCCAUGAACAUUUCUGCAUUGGCAUUGAUAUCUUUCUUUUUUUUAACAAUUUAAUGUCUGUAGUGUAUGAUACAUUUUCUCCAGAAAAGAGUCCUAAUCUUAAACUUACCUUAUUUGAAGUCAUAACUUUUGUCAUGUAAAAUAACAAGAUUAGAAACUGAUGUUACAUUGUGCCAUAUAAAAUAUUAAGCUUAUACAUUACCCUAGAGUUUAUAGAAUAAUAUCAAUGCAUGAUGAAGUUGUCUUCUAAUUCCAUUUUAUAUGAUUUCAAAGAUGUUUUUACAUUUGUCUUGCAAAGCGAUUGUGAUUGUUUAUUGACUAAGAACAUAUUUUCUAAACACGGUUUACUUUUGUUUGCUAGCUUUAUUUUAAUGUUACAUGUUUGAAUUAAACUGCAAAUAAAACCGUUUACUUCAUUUA